UUCGCGGGCUCCGGCCGCGUCGACGGGCCCGCGAUGCGCGAAGUGCCGGCGUCGCGGCCGCUUCCACAAGCGCCGCGUUAAUCGCACCGAUGCAGUGGCGAAAAUUGACCAGGUUGAAAUCUUCGCCGGGCGGACAGUCUCGCGCUCGGAGGAUGCUCUGCUGCGGCCGCAGGAAGGAGAAUGGGCGUGCGGCGCCGGAUCUUACGGCGUCGCCGGGCCGCGCUCCGGCCGGUCCGCCGCAGCCGGCGCGCGCGAAUCAUGCGCCGCCCUGCGUGCUGCAGCCAGAUUUUAGGAAGGUAUCUGGCGUGAGCAAUGAAAUAUUCAGACAGAUUGAAAUGGUGGAGAACGAUCACGAUGCUACGACGGCCGCGGCACUCGAGGCGGUAGAGCGUCGCGGGGAGAUGAUAGUUCGGAUCCUCGAAGUGAGGCAAGUGGGACGAAAUAACAUAGAAGCCGCCAAGAAAUUCUUCUCUUUACAGGAUUCACGACACGUAGUACAACUAGUGGAGAUCGUCAAACGACCUGGCCAAACUUUGGGCUUAUACAUUCGGGAAGGAGACGGUGGGGCAAGGACAGAUGGAGUAUUCAUAUCUCGAAUAGCGUUAGAAUCUGCCGUUUAUAACAGCGGUUGUCUCAAGGUUGGAGACGAGAUCCUGGCUGUAAACCUAGUGGACGUUCGACGCAUGUCCUUAGAUGACGUUGUAAUCAUCAUGUCGAUACCCAGAAGACUCCUACUUUGCACCCGACAGAGGAAAGGAAAAUCUGGACCAGGAUCACCAUCAAUGCCCAGAACUGAACAUAAGCCUCCACCAGUGGUCGUGCUGAAAAGAGAUUGCAGAGAUGAUGACGACAGAGAUAGAGAUAGAGUCGAUGGACUUUACUCACAACAUGGGACGCUCCGUUCAACGGGAGCAUCAGGCGGUGUUCGACCCGUGGGAGACGGUCGAGAGGAAAGAAGUCGCCUGCAGCUGGGCGGUUUGUCUCCUGAUUCCACGCCACUCGACUUGUACUAUAACUCCAGACCACCAUCGGACCAUUCAACAUGGAGUUAUCGCCCACCACCGCCAGUUAUUACAGAACAACCUAAGUCAGCAGCUACGCACUUCGUGCCAUACGAAAGAUCUUAUCCAAACACAUUGGAAAGCUUAGCUGAGAAGGUUCAUUCCUUCUAUCCAGGGGAAGGUGGCAGUACUAGAUUCGGCGGUAGAGUGCCCAGAUCUGGGUCAGAACAGCAACUGCCUCGUGCAGAAACUCACUCAGAUUUCGGACGGCAUUCUCUGCUGAGGUCCAGUUUGAAAGCAUCUGCCGCCACUGGUGCAGCUGGUGCCUCCAGUUUGUCAAGAUACAAUCAACGUUACGGGGGCGUAGGUAUGCCAGGUCUUCCGAGCUCAGGGCUCUCAAGUACAGGGCUCACUGGGGCUGGCUUAGGUCCUGGUCUUCCUUCGGGGCUCUCAUCCACCGGUCUAAGUGGUCUAACCGGGUCCAGCUUAGUUGGAACAGGACUGAGUAGCGGGAUUGGAACUGGAUUAUCAGGAUCUGGAUUAAGCUCCACUCUCGGAGGAUACGGAACGACUGGCUUAGGACUAUCAUCUUACGGAAAUAAAUUCGGUACAUCCAGAAGGAAUCGAAGCCUCGACUACUCCUCAGAUACAGAAGCCACUGCACCCACAAGAACGCCAUACUAUUCAGGAUUAAGUGGCUACAGAAGCAGCACGCUGGGAAGAGAUAUAGGCUCGAAGUUUAAUUCACUCCCAAGAGACGUACGAGGAACUGGUCAAAGACUGGGAUUGUCAAGGCGAGCUGGAAGUGUCUUGCAAGAUGAACCUGAACCACUAUCUUCUCGACUAGAUCUACGUUCUUCCAGAGUAUUCACAUCGGACGAGUAUCGUGCCUGGCUGUCCAGAGCGCCUUCUACCAGUGCUCUCUACGAGAGUCUGCGGCCACGUUUGCCUACCCACUACUCGGCAGAAAAUAUACACGACGCGCUGAAAAAUAUGGAAAAUGCAAGUCGCUUCGGUUCAACACUUGGAUUAGCUGGUCGCCGCAUGGAGCGCCCCAGGCAUUUGCCAGCAAGAUCUCUGUCCUCGCAACAAUUAGGACCAACCGCUAGCGGAUCACCAUCAGCUCGUCGCGUGAGACAGCUACUGGAGUUGGGUUCGAAAUUCACCUGCCCCAACCCCAGCCCGGUGCCAACACCCGGAUCAAGGCAUCAGAGACACCUCGAUAUAAACCCAAACGAAUUUCUCAAAUACAAGAUUGAAAAGCCGGGGACUGGCUUAUCGACAUCUAUGACUGGGCUAUCUCGUAUAUCUGGGGGUGUUUCGGGGAUGUUAUGGGUGCAUUUACUAGCCGGAAGGGGGUUAAGGCCUGCCCCCUCGGGCUCUUCACCCGGUUCCCCCCCGUCGGGACCUUUAGCCCCACCGCAGCCCCCCGUUGCUCCACGGGACUUGUACUGUGUACUUGAAUGCGAUCGAGUACAUAAAGCUCGUACAGUGGUUCGUACCGGAGAACUUCAGUUUGAUUGGGAUGAGUCUUUCGAGCUAGAACUGGUCGAUAAUAGACAAUUGGACGUUCUGGUGUACUCUUGGGAUCCUCAACACAGGCACAAGUUGUGUUACCGCGGAGCUGUCACCUUGCCCGAUCUGCUAGCACGGUCUUCCUCACAUCAACUGGCGAUAAGGAUGGAACCGCGUGGAACGCUUUACGUCCGCGUGCGACACACAGAACCACAUGAGUUAUUCCGCCGAAGACCCACGCCAUCCCGUCUAUCCCCACCACCUCUAUUUGGGGCAGAAUUAGAUCAAGUCGUUGCAAGGGAAGUUAGGCCAUCCCAUGCUCCACCGGUGCCGCUCAUCGUCAGGCGGUGUGUGGAGGAAAUUGAACGACGCGGGUUGGAUAUUAUAGGUCUCUACCGUCUCUGUGGAUCUGCCGCUAAAAAGAGAAUACUGCGUGAAGCAUUUGAGAGGAACUCUCGUGGAGUCGAGUUGACUCCUGACUCUGUUCCCGAUAUCAAUGUGAUUACGGGAGUACUCAAGGAUUACUUGAGGGAACUACCGCAACCAUUGUUCAGUCGGUGCUUAUUCCAGAUGACGUUGGAUGCUCUAGGAGUAUGUCUACCAGACGAUAAAGAAGGCAACGCUCGACUUAUGGCCUCAAUAGUGGAAUGCCUUCCGCGUGCAGCACGAGCGACUCUGGUCUUUCUGCUUGAUCACCUGGCUCUCGUAGUCGCUGCUCAGGACCGGAACAAAAUGUCUCCGCAACAUCUGGCUGUGGCCCUGGCGCCACCGCUGAUGCUACAGUCGCAGCCUCCCACAGAGUUGGACUACCAGCGACCUAUACAUGUGCUACAGUGUCUUCUGCAAAUCUGGCCAGCACCAAAACGUUCAGUUCGGCGCGGCGAGCCAGCACUAGGGCCGCGUGGAAACAGAGUCAGUGCGUCGCAAGUGGGCUCAGCCACCCUCCCCCAAGGCCGAGCUCCGCCCUCAGCCAGUCCAUAUCGGCAUCCAGCGGUAGCAUCAGCAGCAUCUCCGCCGCCAGCUCUCUCGGCUCGGCCCGGGGUCGACCGCUCGCCGCCCGCACAUGUUCUCUCAUCAGCCAGGGCCGGCCAAUAUCGUCCGCAGUCGCCUCUGCGCGGCCCACUGCCCGCUCCUCCUCGCUCCCGCCAAGUGACGGUCUCCUCUCCCGGUUCGCCGAGUAGCAGCUCGGGCAGCCACAGUCCGGCCGACACCAUCAAGCACGGCGGGUCCGUCUCCUCAAUACUGCGACAGCCCGAGAGGACCUCGCCCAGGAAUUCCCCUCGCAACUCCCCCCGGGCCUCGCCUAGAGACUCCCCGCGGGGCACGCCCAGGGAUCUGACGCCCAGGGAGACGACACCACGGGACACGCCCCGGGAGAACGGGUCCCGCGAGUCCCCCCGUUCCGCGAUUCCGGGCACUUCAGCCGGGUUGGCGGUGACGCUCAACUCGGCCGGCGGCGUGAGUCCCCGCUACACCUCAACCAACCCCUUCCUGCAGCAGUACGACGCCGAGGAAGAAGCCGAGGCGUGGCGCUCCGCCGACAUAUUCUCCUCUACGCACACAUAGUGCUCAUAGCGAAUUGAAUUUCCUAGUCAAUUUUUUUAAAGAAUCGAAAGAGUGCUGCUCUGCUGUAUAUUAUGUUGUUCGAACGCGCGUUCGUGAAUUUGUUAUAUAUAGCGAGUUAUGAUGUAUAUUACGGUGAGAAUGUUCGCGCGAGGUUGUCCUAGCCGACCGCUAUCGCUCCGCCCCGUAGCCGCUAUGUUGUAUUGACGUAUUGUAUAUUGUAUAUAAAUGAAUACGUGUUUAAUGUAGGUACGCUCCAGUUUUGUACCGAUAGGGCGGCGCUCUGGCGGACGGCCGAAGCGCUACACGCAUCGUCCCACAUAUCAGAGACUGGCUCCGUCGACGCUCCCGUGAUAGCUGAACUCUGGAGCGUCCACGGUCUGCCAGUCAGUAGGUCGAGUAGGAGAGUGUAUCAUAGAUCGAGUCGGAAUCGUCUUGAGACUGAGACCAUAUCAGAGUACUUAGCUCGUAGAUACCUCUCGAUGGACAUCCGUCGUAGAACGAGCGAUUGCGUCACGAACGUCUAGAGGCACGAAUGUUAUGAAUCUUUCAAAUAUUCCAAGUAUUCCUUGUUCAUUAUUAAUAAAUUAACUAUUAUACAUAUAAACUAUAUUAAAUUAAAAUAGUGUUAGUGCAUUUUUACGAGUCGCUGAUUCUAUGAAGGAACGGAUUCUUUAUCCUAAACAGAUCGGUCGCAAUCUCAAGAUCUGGGAUCAUAUUUGCGAAUUUUUAAAUUCAAAACGUCAAACAUAACACACAUAUAGUUUACAGAUAUAAUUAUGGAGCGGCAAUUUGUUUCUUCCAAUUGGAUUUUUUUACUGUUUACAAUUAUAACUUCAAAUUGUUGACUGUAUUUUAUUAUCUUGUUGAAUGGAUAGUUAGUAUUAACUUACUGAAUAGUAAAUUGGGAUUCGCAAAUAAUAUCUCUAUUCUUAUAGCUGGCGUCUGCUAGACAUAUAAGAGUGGCGAAAAUCGACCAAUGACAGCACUGAUUAAAUCUUCACUGCCAUGAUUGGUCCAUUUUAAAUAGUUAUGCAUAUACAAUUACACCUAUUAAUAUGUCUGUCGGCACUGAGGUUUCGUACUGAUUUUGAGCAACACUUCAAGACGAAGUUUUGUUACUGUUUUUAUAAUAUAGUUGCACAAAGGACACGACUGAAAUGGGACACAAGGUUUUUGAUACUUUACCAUUUUACCCUUUUUCUCAUUUUGUGAUAUACUAGAUGUUGCGUUGAAACCUCGCCUUUUAUAUGAAUGUAUGUCUGUCCAUGAAUUCCUAUAUUUCACUUAACCUAUUAUAAAUACUCGUUGGCGGAAUUCAUGUUCGGAGUAGUACCUUAUGACGACACUUUACAAGGUUGCCGAACACAAGAAACUGACAAUUACUGGGGACCUACCAAGGAGUUUAUUAACAUCUGCAAAGCUUUUAGUAUAUUCUAUCUUGAACUGAUUUGAACUAUCCUGCGAUUGGUCAUUUUUUCAUAAUCUCUGCGGUUACAUCUAAAUCAUAUACAGAAAACAGGUGUGGUAGUUAUGGCCUGUUUUUUAGUUUUACGAGAUGCAAGAACAGGACAGUAAUAAUCGGCAGUAAGACAUCGUGGAAGGCCCCCAAAUAAUGUAGAUUUCUACUAUUAAAAACGUUUCCCGAUUAACGAUACUUUUGCAAUUUUAUAUUUCGUUUCUGACGUGUUCGGUAAAGCCUUUACGAAGACAAUAUGAUUUUAUAAUCUUUGUAAUACCUGAUAUAAUGAAAUCGCCUUCGUGAUUAAACCACUUGAAGUAAAUUAGCAUUGCCAUAUAAAUAAACAAUAUACAAAUAAUUCAUUUAGCUUACAAAAAUUGAUAGCUUUUAACUGUUCAGUAUACAUACCUGUUAUUAAUAUUAAGUAGUUUAACAUAAUAUUGUUACCAUAUAUGACAUUUACUUCACGUGGUACUAACGCUUAUAAAAAGAUUACACUGUCGGAAAUAUUAAUUUGUUCAUUAAAAAUCGGGAGAUUUCAAUUACAGCAACAGUCUGUCUUUGUCUGUUGUAUAAUUGUUUUUUUUUAAUCUUUUAAUUUUAGGUUUUUAUAAUAAAUCAAUAGCUUUAUAAUUAAACAUUGGGUGAAUAACUAAAACACCUUUUUCAAGUAAUCCGACAGUAAUAGCAAUAGAACCUGAAUACAGAAAGGACUAAUAUAAAAGAUUUGGGUUAAAUUAAUGUAUUCUCGUUAAUAGUCAGUGUUAAAUGAAUGCGUAAUUACCGUUUACAUGGGAAUCUGUCCAGAACAAAAGUGUCAGGUAAAAAUAAUUACUCAAGUCAUAAUUCAGAUUCUUAUCAGGCUGCGUUCUUAAGGUUCAUAAGCGAUUGUACGUGACCUAUAUUUAUUAUUUAUCUGGGUCCUCUCUGUAUCACAGUAUCUGUUACCAUAGAUUAAUAUAGUGUAAAUAGAGACUUGAAGUGUCGCUCGACGGCUCGUGGCCGCGUACGACAUUAGUGUGUAGUGAUGAGACACGGCUUCAGUUGGCUUGACGCGUGGUUCAUCUGAGAGGGCACUUGAUACUAAACGAUCGUGAGAUUCGCAGCAGUGUAUAUGGGUGUAAAAAUCUAAUUUGAAUUAUAUAUUAAGUGUAAUUUAUUUGCGUAUAUUAUAAUUACACAAUUGAAAUGUAGAUGUUUGAGUUAUUGUAAAUAAUGUGUGAUUAUGAGAUUUAUUUAAUACCAAACUAUUUAAAGACGCAUUGAGACAAUAUCGAUAAAAUGGAAGUUAAUCGCUCGUAGCAACGGCGCUACGCCGUAGCUUCGUAGUGCUUACUUUUGACUGUAUUUAAUAACGAAAUUGGAUUAUAUACAAACAACUUUAUUUACAUAAAUAUUGUUACGAUUGAGUUAACUAAUUAUUUUAAAAUUGUUGUUGAAUGUCGUAAAUUUUAUAUAAUGUAGAGAUAAUAAUUUUUAUGUGUUAACUCGGCUUAUCCUAUCGAAGCCUUAAUGGAAAUUGUAAAGUUUGUAGAUAUUAAUUUUGUACUAUGAUAUUUAAUAUCUAGUAGAAACUGGAUUACCAUUUGUAAAAAAUCCUUAAGUGUCUAUAAGAAAGCGAACAAUGAAAGUCUUUGUGUAAUAGUUAAUUAUUCUGCAAUCUCAUAAUCGUGAUUUAGUUAGAAAAUAAGUUUUUAGCGACAUACGCUAUCCAAAAAAUCCGAUACAAUUGACAGAUCGUGCCAAAUUUUUAAUAUAUAUAUCCCAUUUCUCACAAACGAUCAAAGGUCAAUGCUAUAAACAGAGCAAUAAAGAAUAUAAUAUAAAAAUUUAUUAUUGUAAAUAGUGUUUAGUUUUAUCAUUUGUGGUAUUAAAUUGACGUUUAUAGAAAGCAAGUUCACCUCUCACGUUGACGCCCGCGGUAUGUUUGCGUUGCCGGGGCCUUCAGCCCUAAGAUUAUAUCAGUAUUUCGAAAAUUUGGUAAAAGUAGUAAUACGUGUACGUAACGAGCACGCCGCCCGAAUUGUAACGGGCGGCUGAAACAGACGGAAUAAAUAAUACGAUGUUA